UCUUUUUUUUUUUCCGUGCCUCACGUAAACCUCAUUACGCAAGACUCUUCCUCUUUAAUAUCAUAUCGUAGCAUUUAAUUAAUUCGUAACCAGCACGAUUGCAAUGCAUAUGAAUUAUGACGUCGUCGCGACAAAAUGACAGAAAAAAAUAAAAAGAAAAAAACAUUGUCGAAAUUUAUUUGAUAUAAAUAAAUGUGGAUAUUCCACGAUUUCGUCGUUAUUAAUUUUACUAAUCCGACUUAAAUGUUUCAUCGUUGACGCGUUGAAGGUAUAUCAUAUGUAUUUAUUUGCAAUCUAUCGACAAUUUUGUUAAAUUAACGAACAGUCUAUGAACAAUAAAUUUUUCUAAUCGUUUUUCUAUCUACGAGACAACGUAUUUGGCAUGCGGUUUCAAUGUUCCCAUGUUGUUAUCCGAAGACCUCGAGUCACGUUUCAUUUUGUCAACACCGACAAAGUUCAAAUGUUUUUUUUUUUUUUUAGUUUUAUUUUUUCUUCAUUUUUUGUCGAGGAUGCGCAUCAGCUCGAUCGAUUUACAAUCAUUUCUUAUAAAUUGAAUUGAUUGUUAUCGUGAUCUAAGUCUAUCUAUAAAUUGUAAUUCGUAUUUUACAAAAUGAAUACGUCAGAAUAAUAAUUAACGUGAAAUGAAAUAGUAAAACGACUCGACGACGAAUGAUUUUGGUGUGUCAUUCGUUGGAACGCGCGACACAAUUGAAGGUCAUCCUCCCUUCAUUCCCCAUAUAAGUUUCGCUUCUGCGAAAGGGAAAAUUUGGAAAGAGCGCGUGCGUAUCGUUCUGCCCUUCUUCGUCUUUCGCGCAUAGUCUGUUCUUUCGAUCCGUGUCUGUGCUCUUGCAUCCGUUCUCGAAAUUCGCGCUAAUCCAGAUUCUCCUCUAUCUACGUGCGCAAAAAUACAACGAACAAGUACACACGUAUCUACACACAUAAGACGAAGGAGACACAAGCACGUACAACUUAUUGUCGGAUGACAGUUAAGAUCAAACGCGUUUCUCAUCAUCUCAUUCUCGUUUUCGAAAGAUAUAUUUUUUCACAUAUUUCUGGAAAGAGGGAACAACUUACCGCGCUGAUAACGUGUCGCCAAGCUUCCAGAUCAAUACGGGGAAUCGCGAACCAAAGGAAUUGGACAGUCCGAGUUCGAGUUCGAGUUCGGAUUUUCGGCUGGACUCGGACGCGAGCUCGGUAACAGGCUCAUCCUCGAAUCUCGAUACGAGAUUAUCGUCGGACGGUAAGACGGAGAAAACUUUAUCGAAGAUGAGCAGCACAAACUCAGCCGGUACCGAAUAUGGACGAGGACGAGGACACGGUCACACCGAUAAUUCAUGCGGCUUGGUGGGUUCUCUCUUUUCCGGUGGUUGUCGCGGAAGAGCGGAAGCCUUUGCUCGACGUCUUCAUCGACGGCUUACAUCAUUGGGUAACGCGGAUGAUUCUUCGCGCGGUAUCUCGCCGACUACGACGUCAACGUCCUCAUCAGCAGAAGUGGCGGUGGCGGCGGCGGCGGCGGCAGCAGUGAUUACCAAGCCGAUAACGCGCGAGGUUGCCUCGUGGUUGCAUGCACCCUCCGAAACAGCCGCUGGUAAUCCCAUAGAUCGUAUUUUUCGGCGUCAAUCGCGAAACAGUCCGGAAACGGAACUUUAUUGCGACUUCGAAGAUGAUCUAGAUUUCGAACACGAACCAGGCUCACCCGCCGAAGAAGUCACGCCGGCGGAAUUAGCUGAUUUGUUGGUAAAUACUGAAAUUCUUAAGACGAAUCAUCACGAAACUUGUCAUUGUUCACCGAACGGUCCGAGGCUAGGAAUCGAUCAGGAGUCCGAGUCGGAAUGCGUUUUCGCUUCGCCGGCAAGUGGAACCUCGCCAGCGAGCGAGGCUUCCGAGAUUUACUUUGAUCCAGAAUCGUCAGACGCAGAAAAGAUUAAGAACGAGGUUUACUUUGAUCCUGUUACAAGUUCCGAGAGCGAGUCAACUUCAAAUGUCUGUAACAAUUUGGAUGAUGUCUCGGUGAAAGAAAAGCCAUCGUUGUCGGUAGAUGGAUCGUCUAUAUAUCGAGAGGAUUCGUCGGACUCGAGUCUAUCCGUGAGUAAGUACAAACCGUUGCCCUUGGAGAGGUUUCGCCUCGAUACUCGUCAGAAUAGACCCACUAAAGAGGAAUGCAGUUCAGAAGAUUCGUUGAACGAUAGGAGCUCUCGCGAGACCACUUCACCGAGUCACGAAUCUCUUUGGAGCACUUUCGACGACGAUAGCACCGUUUCCCUUCGUGACGAGACUACCAGGCCCGGCAACAAUUAUCUACCAACGUGCAAACAUCUUCCAAAGUCGCAUUCGGACUCAGAGAUACUGGACAACAUAGGUACAAUAACUUUGGCCCCGAGUACCUUACCAAGAACGAUCGAGAAAAACGAGGAGGAAGGAUACGAUAUUAUUGAUUUUCUCAGUUUCCCGGAAGAACUUACUCAAGAUCCGAUCAAAGAACAAGACUCCUCCUCUUGCGAUUUUACUGACGACAAACUCAUUGGAAAUGUUACUACGGAGGAGGCGGAAACGAUUAGCGACGAUAGUCCUACGGAUGCAAACGGCCAAAUAGACACAGAUCUGGAAGAGUCAGCUAUCAACGAUGGGGACCUCUCCGUUUAUGUUAGUACAUUGAAUAUAGCCGAUCAACUCGUAGUAGAAUGUCCCACAGGAAGAAGACUGACGGAAAAAUUGAAUAAACCUGUAAUGAACGAAGUGACUUUGCAAAUCGAGAAUGAAACAGUAUUAAAUGCAAAGAGCGAUGAGAAAAUAUCUCUAUUCUUGUUGGACCUGGACAAAGAGAAGUCUAACAAAGAUCGGAGUGGUUCAAUAAAUAGGAACAAGUGGGGGGACGAGCGAGUAGCCUCGAAAGAAGCUAAAGAAGAAAACGAAGAUGUGGAGGAUGACGAAGAGGAGGGAGAGGGGAGGGAGUCAAUGGAAGAAGGAAGACCGCGGAGGCUCAGACGAUGUUCCUCAUUGAAGACUGGUAAGACGCCACCGGGAACACCCGGAAGAAAAAAGAUCGUUAGAUUUGCUGAUGUUUUGGGCUUGGAUCUUGCGGAUGUAAGAACCUUCCUUGACGAAAUACCAAAGAUACCAAAUUCGGCAUAUAGCGAUUUGAUAUACGACGACAGUUUCCAAAAAGAAAGCAGUCCGGCGAAUCUCGGCCUUUCUACGAGCUGGCAACAACGAUAUUCUCCCGCGUCCACAUCAAGAGUCGUUGAUAGGACAUUAGUACCGCUCUUUCAACAACCCGGUGGACUUCCAAAUUUCCUCGAUUUCGUUCGAGAACGUAAAGUGUGCUUGGAAAAUGUUCUUGUCCAGGAUCCGUUAACUCUUUGCAUACAAGGUACAGUGAGAGUUCUCAACCUCGACUUUCACAAAUCGGUUCACAUAAGAUACACCCUAAAUUCUUGGAAGAAUUUCAGCGAUCUUCAAGCGAGCUAUAUAUCGAAUUCGUGCGACGGCUUCAGCGACAAAUUUUCUUUCAUUCUCUAUUGUCACACUCUGACGAUCGGACAGAGACUGGAAUUUGCUGUCAGAUUUCAAUGCAAAGGCACACAAUUUUGGGACAACAACGCCGGCACCAAUUACUGUUUUCAAUGCUUACCGGUCUCUUCCAGCGUCGAAUACAUCUCGGUAACGGCGAGGGAAAAUCAAAGGGACUGGUCACCUGUGUUCUAUUGAUUUCUACAUGCUCGACGACUAAAGAUUUUUAUCGUUAAACUCAUCCGGAAAUGAUACCCCAGCGGCAACACUCAAUCUCUCUACCGACGAUCGUCAAUUAUUAUUUCCUGCCAAUUUCCGAAGAAUUCAAAAUACUCAAUUAAUAGUCCAAUCGAGUCCGGUCGUGUACCGUAUCGUUUAGAAAUUCGAUUAUAUGUUCAAGAAGGAAGACUGAGUAACUGACAAUGAAAGAACAUUGAUUUCAAUGAACAUAGUCAAGUAUAUCUACAGGAUAUUUUUGUGAUUAGAGUGAUAUACGAAAGUACAAGGAAAAAAAGGAAAAAAAGCACAAAUACCUUGUCGAGAUGUCGGUGUCGUUGUAUCCAUUUUUAUGCUCUCGACUUUUUCUCUAUCGUCAUCUGUAUUUUCUUAAGCUUACCUACGUAACAGAAGGAAUCCAUCUUGCUUUGCCGACAAGAAAAUCGUCGUGCGAUGGAAUCGUAUUUAAGUAAAUCACUUUCAAUAUCGUCCGUGGUAUUUUCCGAACGCUAUGAUGCGUGUGCCUAUAUAUGCGUAUAUGCGUGCUUGUACGGUUCGAAUGAAGAAAUUUCUUAGCCGAUGACCAAUCUGAAAAUUAAAAGCACGUGUGGAUAUUACAUUAUCGCGACAAUAUUAUUAACAUCAAUAAAAAUAUGUAAUGAAAAUUAUGAUCGUUUGUUACCUUAAAUACUUCCGGAAUUGUCGGUGAAUGUUCCAUAAAAUUGAGAUUACAUUAGGAAUACAUUUUUUAGCAAACGUACAUCGUAGAAAUGAUGGCACUGAUAAUGUAAAUCUGCUUCGGUAGCGGUGUUCGUUAUUAGUAUCAGAUAUAUUUUUCUUUCUCGUCAUAUAUUAAUUGUACGUAACAAUGAAUACCUAAUUAAAUGAAUAAACGAGACGCGGAGUAGCGAGUAUUAGUCGAGUAACAUAUUGUUAAAUGCAAUAAUACGGUGGACCGGGGAUGUUGUAUCAAUCUCGUUUACUUUUAAAUUUCUCAUGACUAAUCUCUGUCGUCCAAACUCAUGUAACGCGUAAAAAUCGUCCUCUAUACCUACCUACGUGAUUAUGGACGUGCCAAACAAACGGCAAUUAUAUAUAUAUAUAUAUAUAUAUAUAUAUAUAUAUAUAUAUAUAUAUAUAUAUAUAUGUAGUUGCAGGCUUUAAAAGAGAACGUUUCGCGAGAAUAUAUAUAUAUGUAUCUGUUGGAUCAAAGAUUAGUACAAAGAGUGUUUUUCGGUAGUCGAGAUAUAUUGUAUAUGAAUAUAAUAAUAUAUCUAAUAUAUAUAUAUAUUAGAUAAACACAAAUGAAUUCAAAAGAAACAAAAUAUAUGUUUACAUAGAUGUACACGGGAAUUAGAGCUUUCAUACUCUUGACUUCAGAUGAAAAUAAUAGAAGGAAUAAAUAUUUGAGAUGAAGAAAAAACGAAACAAAAGGAAGAAGAAGAAAUAGAAAAAUGAGAAUAUAUAAUUUAUUACAUAAUCGUAAAUUUUUGUAAAUAGAAUAGUAUCAGCGUUGAGUUUAUCGUCGAGUAUAUCUGUGCACAGUUUACAGGAAAUGAAAAAGAAAGAAAAGCAAAAAAGAAAAAAGAAAAAACCAAAAAAAAAGAAACAAAAAAGAAAAGGAACAAAAAACAAAACAAAAGAGAUGUUUUAGUUGUAUAUACACUCGAAACGACGUUUAAACGACACCCUGUGAUAUGCUUUUUCGAAGAGAAGAGCGAAUUUAUUUCUGUUAAUCCUCUCCGAGAUAAGAAAACGAGACGAGAAAUCGAGUGAAGCUUUCUUAUCGUUCUAAUAAUCGCAACGCUUACCGAACGAACGAACAUGAGAAAAUUCUCCGUUCGAAAGGAAAUAUAAUAAUAAACGAAAACUCAUCGAUAUGCAAUAAAUACGAUAUAACCUGAUCGAUCAGCAGCGCGUUUUGUUUUACGUGCUUCUUCGAUAAAAAGAAAGGAUAUCACGUCUGAGAGGCUUUUGAUAAAUAUAUGUUCGAUAAUAAAAAUAUAUUAAACGGUGAAACGCAUUUAGUUUUGAGAAUGUCAAUGAUUGGACAUUUUAUCUUAGGUCCGUCCGAAAGAAGAUAUUUUUUAUUUUUAUCAGAAGCAACCUAAUAAUAAAAUAUGGAAUGGCCUUUUACGAAGAAUA